CAGGUGAGGGUGAUCGGACAUAACUCCAGGCUUUACCUUGCUGAUUGGGAACGUUCUCUGCUCCACCCAUAUCCACCUCCUAUAUCAGCAGCUGAGCUCCCCUCAGACACAUCCAGACAUGGAGGUGAGGAGAAGACUUCUGCUGGGGCUGCUCUCUGUACUGGGGAUUGCAGUACAAGCGUCUGAUGUCUCCAGUCAGAACCAGUUGCCUUCAUUUUGUCACAACUAUGACUGUCCAAAGUACCAGCUGGUGAAAGAAUAUGCUGAUUUUGAACUUCGUCGCUAUGAGGAAACUCAUUGGGUGACAACUUCACUAAAACAGGACCCUUUUAACAUGGGGAUGGUGACUAGCUUCAGUCGUCUGUUUAUGUAUAUCAAUGGGAAGAAUGCUGAAGGGCUGAAGAUGAAUAGGACAGUACCGGUGAUGGUAUACAUGCCAUUAAAGCAACCACUUGCUGGUAGUGCCACUAUGUCCUUCUUUGUGCCACAUGAAGUGAAGAAACCUCCGACACCUACAGACCCUGAAGUUUACCUGGAUACAUAUCCUGCUUUUUCUCUAUAUGUUAAGACUUUUGGAGGAUAUGCCUCUAACGCUAUGUAUGUCGAGCAAGCUAAAGCCCUAGCACAGAACCUGGCUGCCCUUGGUCUGCAGUUUGAUUAUACAUACUUUGUACGUGCUGGCUACAAUUCUCCUUUAGAAUUUUUCGGGCGCCACAAUGAGGUGUGGUACAUGGCAAAGUCCCCUCAGCAGUGGGAAUUUCUUGAUCUUUCUGCUGCUCAGCCCUGGAUGUGA